GGAGCAGGAAGUGGGAGCUGAGUGGGAGGAGGGACGGAGGGAGCUAGCCGCUGAGUAGCAACGGCUAGUGACGGAGUGAUGAGUGACUGGAACGGGAAGAAGAAGAGAAGUGGAGAAGCUGGGGCCUCGAGGAGUUGACCUGGAAACGGACUUGAAUAACUUGUCAGGAGCUCCUGGCACCAGGGAUCGAUGAGCGAGCUUGUGAAUGCUCAUCAAGCUCUACAGAAGCUUAUCAAUCACCUGCUGAUAGAAAUCAGGUGUGACGAUGCAGGGUUGAAACUAAAAUAUGCUGGAUGGCGGCCCUUGAUGGACCAGGGUUCCCCAACCCAGGUGUUAAAAUAAUGGCGCUGGUUAAAGAAGAAGCUCAUGAAGAACAGAGUGCUGGUGAGGACCAGCAGGAACCAGAACACCUUCACAUAAAGGAGGAACAGGACGACCUCUGGACCAGUCUGGAGAGAGAGCAGCUACAUUUGAAGGAGACUGAUGCUGCCAGAUUUCUAUUCACUGCUGGUUCUAUAAAGAGUGAGGAUGAUGAAGAAAAACCUCUCGUCUCACAGCUUCAUCAGCAGCAAACAGAAGACCGAGAUGUUCCAGCGAGCAGCUCAGCUGACCAUGUGACAGCAGAAAUGACAAGUCAUUUAGCAACAAGGUCUUCAGGCUGUUGUGCUAGUAAGGAAUGUGUUAUAGUGAAGCAACAUGCAGACUCGUGUAGGGAAGUCCAGAAAAAGACUAAAACGUUUAGUUGUGAUCACUGUGGAAAAGAAUUUAUGGUUAAAUCAAAAUUAAACAGUCACAUGAGAAUCCACACAGGACAGAAGCCUUUUUCCUGUGAGCUGUGUGGAAAAAGAUUUAACCAAAAGAACACUUUAAACAGUCACAUGAGAAUCCACACAGGACAGAAGCCUUUUGCCUGUGAGAUGUGUGGACAAAGAUUUAACCGACAAACAACUUUAAACAGACACAUGAGAAUCCACACAGGAGUAAAGCCGUUUGCCUGUGAGCUGUGUGGACAAAGAUUUAACCAAAAGACAACUUUAAACAGUCACAUGAGAAUCCACUCAGGAGUAAAGCCUUUUGCGUGUGAGCUGUGUGGACAAAGAUUUCGUUAUAAGACAAGUUUAAACGUUCACAUGAGUGUCCACACAGGACAGAAGCCUUUUGCCUGUGAGCUGUGUGGACAAAGAUUUAACCGACGAACAACUUUAAACAGACACAUGAGAAUCCACACAGGAGUAAAGCCGUUUGCCUGUGAGCUAUGUGGACAAAAAUUUAGUCAAAAGAUACAUAUAAAAGAUCACAUGAGAAUCCACACAGGAGAGAAACUUUUUGCCUGUGACCUGUGUGGACAAAAAUUUAGUCGUAAGACAAGUUUAAAAGAUCACAUUAGAAUCCACACAGGAGAGAAACCUUUUGUCUGUGAGCUCUGUGGAAAAAGAUUUAGUCAUAAGACAAGUUUAAAUGUUCACAUGAGUGUCCACACAGGACAGAAGCCUUUUGCCUGUGAGCUGUGUAGACAAAGAUUUUGUUAUAAGACAAGUUUAAACGUUCACAUGAGUGUCCACACAGGACAGAAGCCUUUUGCUUGUGAGCUGUGUGGACAAAGAUUUCGUUAUAAAACAAGUUUAAACAGUCACAUGAGUGUCCACACAGGACAGAAGCCUUUUGCCUGUGAGCUGUGUGGAAAAGGAUUUAACCGAAAGACAGAUUUAAACAGACACACAAGAGUCCACACAGGACAGAAGCCUUUUAUAUGUGAGCUCUGUGGACAAGGAUUUAGUCAAAAGAGAGGUUUAAACAAUCACACGAGUGUCCACCCUGGACAGAAGCCUUUUGGUUGUGUAACUUGAUGUAAGUGGUUACUUUUAAUAAAUGAUCAGUAAGAUGUGAUAUUCCAUAUAAAUAUGAAAUAUCAAUGUUAUUGAUCUUUUGAAAUUUUUAUCUAAAAGGAAACCAGGUCAUUUUGGUAGUUCGGGGAAAUCACACUUUCGUAAUAUUUUGAGACCGAGCGAAAAAUUGUUUCUAAAAACAAAUUUAAUACAACAUUUCUACUACUGUGUGGGUGACGGUGGCACAGGAGUAAAGUGCUCACCCCGUAAUCGAGCGGUUGCAGGUUUGAGCCCCCGCUCAGUCUGUCGCUGUCGUUGUGUCGUUGGGCAAGACACUUAACUCAACUUGCCUGCUGGUGGUGGUCGGAGGGACCGGUGGCGCCAGUGCUCGGCAGCCUCGCCUCUGUCAGUGCGCCCCAGGGCAGCUGUGGCUACAUCAUAGCUCAUCCCCGCCAGUGUGUGAAUGUGUGUGUGAAUGGGUGAAUGACUGAUUGUGUUGUAAAGCGCCUUGGGGGUUUCCAGGACUCUAGAAGGCGCUAUAUCAAAUACAGGCCAUUUACCAUUUACUAAUGAUGACACGGAACAAAUGAUGAUAAAUUAUGGUUGAAACAAGAUAACUGGGACAAUGAAUGAAAUGAUGGAAUGUGUACUUAGAUGUUAUGUAGCAAAACCAAGUGUCUUAGAAAAUUGUGAUGUCUGGGUUGUAAAAUACGUCUGAAUGUAUGGUUUAACAAUCUCUAUUAAAAACACCAUCCCACGCCA